AUGACUUUCAAUGACCAUGAUAUUGCCCUGCUCCACGAUCUGGUGGCUCGAAACAAUGCGCAUAGUCGACAGCAUUCCCAGAAAGAGUCGACUUCUCUGCCCGAGCCACCAUCAGGGUCGUCCAGUGGAAAAUCAUCGUUAUUAUCGCGGUUGUGGGGGGCAGAAAAGGGGGGCAGGGAAGACGGGGGUGGCGUCUGGAGUGCAGAAACUCCCAGCGGGGAGGACUUUGCGGCGUCGCCAUUCUGCCCGACGACGUCAACAAGCUCUGUCUCCUCGUCUUUGCCAACGCCUGCAGCAUCACCACAGGCAAACGCAGGAGAGGCUUCUCCAAGUAUGCGGUCAACAUCGCAACCACAACAUAGAUUAGGAAUGCGAGCAGCCACGGCUUCACCGCCAGGCUUGCCGCCUGCUGGUCUUUCUGCGUCAGCGCUAGAGCGCUGGUUUCAUACGGGGAACUAUGAUUAG